UUUAGCUGAACUCCUGCUCUAAAUUAAAAAAAAAGAAGAAUCAGUUUUUCAUCCUUAGAUUUACUUCUGGAUGGGUCACCAGAACUUGUGCAGGGAAGUGCUUUUUGGGCCAUAAGACUUCAUGAUGUUGAACGUUUGACUGAUGGACGGAGAAGUGAAUCGGUGUCUUUGGCAAGAAUGAUUGAAGACAUAAGGACAGUUUCACAGCUAGAACUGUAGACUGUGGGCUUUCUGGGAACCAGCAGAGAAUAGACGGAGUAAAACAGCAGAGGCUGACAGAGACAGCCAUGGUGACAGAGCAGAGGUACAUAGAGUACUACGUGGAGAGAGAUGUGCUGGAUGAAGAGCAGCUGGAGGAAGUCGCCCAGAGACGGAUACCUUCAAAUAAAUUUCUCCUAAAAGAUCACCUCAAAAAGUCACUGAGUUGCUCUGUUCAAGGGCUGCGACGCAGUGUGGUAAGCUGCAUGCCUGUGCUGUCCUGGCUGCCUGGCUACUCCAUCAGAGACUGUGCCUUGGGGGACCUGAUUUCCGGCGUCAGUGUGGGCAUCAUGAACCUGCCACAGGGGAUGGCAUAUGCCUUGCUGGCCUCUGUGCCUCCCGUCUUUGGGCUCUACACCUCAUUCUACCCUGUGCUGGUCUACUUCAUGUUUGGAACAUCGCGACACAUCUCCAUAGGCACGUUUGCAGUGAUCAGCAUAAUGGUGGGCAGUGUGACAGAGCAUUUGGCUCCUGACAGAGACUUCCUCAUUAAUGGCACCAACGCCACUGGUGAGGUGGAUGUAGCUGCCCGGGAUGCCUACCGGGUUAACGUGGCCGCCACCACCAGUGUUCUGGGAGGGAUCCUCCAGGUCCUCUUAGGCCUGGUGCGAUUCGGCUUCGUAGCGACGUACCUGUCAGAGCCGCUGGUGCGGGGCUACACUACAGGGGCCACCGUGCACGUCGUCGCCUCUCAGCUGAAGUACCUGUUCGGCGUGGCGCCGCGCCGCUUCAGCGGGCCCCUCUCCCUGGCCUACACGCUGAUUGAUAUAUGCUGCCUGCUGCCUGAGACCAAUGUGGCCAUUCUGGUGGUUGGAGUGAUCUCCCUCGUGGCUCUGAUAUCAGUGAAGGAGCUGAACUCCGUCUACAGCCACAAGCUGCUCCUGCCUAUUCCGAUUGAGCUUAUUGUCAUUGUGGCAGCCACUCUGAUUUCAUUCUAUGCUGAUCUGUCGAGCCGCUUUGACGUUGAUGUUGUGGGGGAGAUUCCAAGCGGGUUGAAGCCUCCCAUUGUCCCCGACGUCAGCAUUUUCAUGGAGGUGGUUGGGGAUGCUUUUGCCAUCGCUAUCGUCAGCUAUGCCAUAAACAUGUCACUGGGCAAGACGUUUGCUGUCAAGCAUGGCUACAAGGUGGACAGUAACCAGGAGCUUGUGGCUCUGGGUCUCAGCAAUGUAGCGGGAGGUCUUUUCCAGUGCUUUUCCGUAACCUCCUCCAUGUCCCGCAGCCUGAUCCAGGAGAGCACAGGGGGCCGGACACAGGUGGCGGGGGCUAUUUCUGCUCUGGUGGUGUUGAUUGCUGUGCUGAAGCUGGGGCCGCUGUUUGAGAAGCUCCCCAAGGCAGUCCUGUCCACUGUUGUCUUCGUCAACCUGAAGGGCAUGUUCAAGCAGUGCCAGGAUAUUCCCAUGCUGUGGAGAAGCAGCAAACCUGACAUGCUGGUAUGGCUGGUUACCCUGGUGUCCACCCUGCUUCUAAACCUGGACCUGGGCCUCGUGACCUCCAUCGCCUUUGCCCUACUUACAGUCAUCUUCAGGACCCAACAACCAAAAUAUUCCGUCCUCGGGUGGUUGCCAGGCACAGACAUCUACCUUGAUAUAGAUACAUACGAUCAGGUGAACACAGUUCCAGGCAUCACCAUUUUCCGUUCCUCCAGCACCAUUUACUUUGCCAAUGCUGAGCUAUAUCUAGAGGCUCUACAGGAGAAGAGUGGCGUUGACUUUCUGAAGCGGCUGACCCACAAGAGGAAGCUGGUAGCAAAGCUCCAACGGCAAAAGAAAAGGGACGAGAGGAAAGCAAGGAAAGAAGCUAAGAAACAGAGAAAGGUUCUGAAUUCAAGGUCUGGAACACUAUUUUCAGUGGAGCGAGUGAUGGGCCAAUGGAAAAGGCGAGACGGAUGGGAAGAUGAGAAUGGAGGUGUGCAGGAAGGUGGUGUUUGUGACCAAGCUGACAGGGUUAAGAUGGAAGAUGGAGUCAUCAGUGGUCAGAUGAACUUGGGGUACCAAGAUGGAGAAAUCCCUGAGGAAGCUACACUCAAUAGGAGCGACACCAUUAGUGCAGAAGUGACUACUGGCUCUCCAGGCCUGAGCCCUUUGGAUAUCCACUCCAUAAUCCUGGACCUCUCCACCACCGGCUUCGUAGACACAGUAACCAUGAAGACUCUGAAAAAAAUAUUCCAUAACUUUGGAGAAAUAGAUGUGGAUGUGUACAUGGCUGCCUGUCAGUCCUGUGUGGUGGAGCAGCUGGAGUGUGGAGGAUUCUUCUCUCAUUCCCUCCCCAAGGGCCGGCUGUUCGCCACGGUCCAUGAUGCUGUACUCCACUGCCUCUGGCGAAGGGGCCAGUCAACUUUGCCUGCCUACGUGCCGGAUGUGGCUUGCAGCACCAAACUGUAACCUUGAGGUCUCCCCAUCAUAGAAUUUCCAUCCCGCCUACUUUCUUUUGCUGUUGUGGUCAAUAUGCACAGCCAUGCCUCACCCACUCCUAUGUUAUGUUUCUAUGGCAAUAAGGAUUGCAGUUUCUGUGGCAA